AUGCCGCUGGAGCGUGUCCAAGCUCGGCGGCCGCCGCGCGGUGUCGAGGCGCCGGGCGACAACCGCGGUCUUCCUGCAGCUGCUGUUCGCGGCGCGACAGCCACAGGAACGGCCACGACGGAGAGCAGUCGCUCCCACUCGCCAACCGGUACGGCGACGUCGACGGCGUCGUCUUCCUCGGCGCUGCUGCAGCAAGGCGUAUUCGCUCAGCAGGCGCGCCGCUACGAGGAUGCGAACAUUCGGUCGCUGCUCCAUCAGCUGCCCAGCUCACCGAAGCAGCUGAUGCGACGCCUGGAGCAGCAGCAACAGGAAAUCGAUAUGCUCAAGGAGACGAACAUACUCCUCAAGUCGCGUGAGGUCGAGAUUUCGUCGCUGACGCUGCGGCUGCAGGAGCGCAUCAACGCUACCCAGAGCCAGGUCGAUCACAUCAAAACCCAGGUCCACCUGCAGCUGUCGAACCCGAUUACAGAGGAAGAGUAUCAGCGCAUCGAGGCGCUCACAGAGGCACAGCGCGACCUCGUCGACGUCAUGAAGCUUGGCAUCUAUCGUCAGCUCGGAUCCUUGCGCGCGUCGCAGCAGGCGGCAACGAAGCGGGCUGCCGAGCUGAGCACGUCGGUGGCGCAACUGCAGCAGGAGAACAGCGACAUGAAGGUGCGCCUGGCCGAGUGCGAGUCCCAAGGCGGGACGGAGAAGGAGAAGAUGGAGAAGAUGGCGCGGCAGAUGGAAUGUCAGAAGGCUCGCAUUGCUGAGCUGGAGGGCCACAUCGCGUCCCUCGAGGCGAAGAACAAGUCCAUGUACGUGGAUCAGGAGCAGUUCCUCUCGGCGAAGCUGACGGCACAGAUCAAGACGGACGAGGUGGCGCGUCUGUCGGUGCGGCUGGAGGAGUCGGAGAUGGACACGCAGCGGUACCGCGCCAAUGCCGAGUGCACGGAGCAGAAGCUGGACAUCCUAAAGUCCGAGUACUACGAGUUGAAGUUGCGCAACGGACAGCGUGUUCUCGAGCUCGAGAACGCCUUGAGGGCGUCGGAGGAGAAGCUCAAGACCCUCGGCGACCUGGAGAUGGAGUCGCAGCUGUUCAUCUCCAAUCUGGCGACAUCCUCGCAGGGCGAUGUGGCCUUCAGCACUGACCCCGCAGAGACGACCGCUGGUCGCCGGACGGACGCCUACGAAGGGUGGCUUGCCCUGCCCCGCUCCCGCAAGCUGGCGCACACCCUUGUUGUCACGAAGCGUUGCCUGCACCUGGAGAACAAGGUUGCGGCCCUGGAGCACGACCUCAACUUCAAGGAAGCGCAGGUGGCCCGCCUGCAGGUCGCCCUCGACGGCGCCCGCGACGCGCUGCACAACAUCAACAGUCCCUACGUGCUCGUGGAGAAGGCGAUGGCGGAGCUUACGGACGAGAGCGAGGCGCUGAAGCAGAAGGUGAACAUCCUGGAGCAGGACAAGAAGGCGCUGCAGCUCAAGGUGCAGCAGUACGGCCGCAGCCUGCGCACCUUGACGCACCAUCGCCAAGAGCUACUUCGCAUCAAGAAACUACUUCGUCAGCUCGGGCUUCGCGAAGGGUUUGUGCUCCCCACGGGCGACGAGGAGGCGGAGCAGAUGGAGGGUCAGCAGCGUGAAACGGGGAAACCGCGGCCCACGCGCAGUGGGAGUGCAAGCGGCGGCGGCUUCACCUCCUCCACACAGCCAAUGGCAUCGAUGGGGCCAUUAACCAGCGAGGCGCGCCGCGUUUCUGGGGAGGAGUCGCCCGGCCCGUUUGGCGCUCUUCGGCCCAUCGAGAUGACUUUCUGA